AUGAUGGGCGACUCAACACGAUUGUCUGGCCCAUCUCUUUCCGAGUCAUACCUAGAGUGCAUCCAGUUAUUUGGAAGCUUCCUGCUGGCCCUCAGCGAGGAGGACUGCCGUGCGAUUCGUCUUGAGCAGGUUCACCUUUCCGAUAUAUUGGAAGAGUACGGGAGGGCCAAGAUAUGGGGUGAUCAGGUCAAUGCACAGCUUCCGGCAAGAGCUCGUGGCUCAUUGGAUGACACACUCCGGCACGACAAUGAGCUCAAAGGUUUGGUGCAGGCCAUCCUCAUGCGGCUGAGAGCACUCCUCGGCCAAGGCAAGUCGCAUAAUUCGGGGACACUUGAGCCUUCGUCUGACCUUGCUUUAGCAACGUAUAUUGCUAGAAGGAAAUAUGAUCCUGUCGCUGGAUCAGACCGUGACUCGAUCAGCAGUGUCAGUGCUGAUUCGGAUUCUGAUUUGGACGAUUAUGACGAACACCAACGCCAUAGGGUGCCAAAAAUUCGUCUGCUCGUCCAGCAGGUGCUGGAGCAAGUCCGAUCACUUUACGAGCUGUCUGCUUUACUGCGGCGCCCUAAGAUCGCAGACAAGUAUAUACGCUCUGUUAACUCAAAGUCAAACAUAGCCACGCUGAGCGACCGGGACAGCUUGCCAUUAAAUGUCUGCUUCGGCAGCUCGGACGAGGGCCACAUAGUGGAGAAGGUGCUACAAUGGCGCGGCUUGACCAAGAGCGCGCGGUGUGUCGAAUUUGAGGACGAGGCCGUUGCUCCGGUGGGACAAGCAGUGACGAACGAUUGCGUCGAAGACAUUCUGUGGUUCUGCCAGCGGCUUGCAGGAGCGAACACAAGGCGACGAGAGCAGCUCCAAUAUUGGACUGAUCAUCCGUAUGAUCCUAAGGAGGACACGGCCACCGUAGCCCGACUUGCAACACCAAAUCUGGCGCAAGUCCACGCCGAACAAGUGGAAGAGAAACAGGAACCACGAAGCCAAGUGUCUACAUUUAAACCCUCUAACCUCGAUGUCUCCCGGAAAGGGUCCAACUCAGCCGUUUCAAAACAAAGUUUCUCUACAGCUGCUGUCUCAGACAUCCGCGAUACGAAGACCGACGUUCGGCCGCGGACAGUCUACGCGCCCACAGCCAUCGGCCAAGGCGGGUCCAAUUCUGUCCCAGAUCUCCCAAAGAUGGAAGAUGGAAAACUCACCUUUCCAUGUCCGUAUUGUGGGAUGACGCUCGAGUCUAGGGAGAUGCAGAACAGGCAGUCUUGGAAGCGCCAUGUAUUCCGCGAUCUCCGUCCCUAUGUCUGCACAUUCCAAGACUGCGCGAAUGCCGGAAAGCUAUAUGUCAGCCGUCGCGACUGGAUAUAUCACGAACUUCAGAUUCACCGGCGCGAGUUUGUCUGCAAAGAGUGCUAUAAGAGAUGUCCCAGCAGAAACGAAAUGUCAACACAUCUUCGAGAACACUAUGGCGAAUCUAUUCCGCCGGCUCAGUUGAGCGUUAUUCUGGAUCUCUGCGAUCACCAGGUGGAUGUCUCAGACUACGAGAAAACCACAUGCUUCGUCUGUGGAGAGGAACUCUCAUUGUCGGCAUUGCAGGGGCAUCUUGCUGCUCACAUGGAGGACAUCGCCCUCUUCGUCCUGCCCAAUACCAGUGAAGAGGAAGAAACUGGAGAUUCGAGAGCCUCAGUGCAGGUGGCGAAACUUAAUUCUAAAGGCAAAAAUAACGGCACCGAGUCAGAGGCAAGCAGCCUCGGCUUUUCUGCAGCUGGAGUUUAUCGGCAGACUCCGGCCGAUUUCUCAAAGCUCCUCACUAGCGAGGAAGCGGGAUAUUCCUCAAAGUUUUGGUCUUGGAGAACAACGGAUGGCGACCACGAAUCUGUAUCGAUCAAGGCCGUGGCGGCACGGUUAGAAUAUCCAGAUCGGGACAUGAGGCGCGCUGCGGUUCAAGCCUUAGGUGAUCAAUCAGUAUUGCCAGAAGAGAUACUCAGAAUCUUAACAGCACGGCUGGAAUACCCAGUUGGGGAUGGGAGGCGCAAUACCAUUCAAGCCUUAGUCGAUCAAUCAGCGUUGCCAGAGGAGAUACUCAAAGCUGUGGCGGCAUGCUUGACAUACCCAGUUGGGGAUGUCAGGUACGCUGCGGUUCAAGCUUUAGGCAGUCAAUCAGCAUUGCCAGAGGAGAUACUCAAAGCCGUGGUAGCACUGUUGGAAGACCCAGACCGGGACGUGAGGCGCGCUGCGGUUCAAGCCUUAGGCGCUCAGUCAGUGUUGCCAGAUGAGAUACUCAAGAUUAGCCUGGACUAUCUGAACAGCUUGAUUGACCUUCUUGGUGAGAAGAAGGACUACAAGAACCUGGCCUGGCUUCUGGCUGGUCUCUGGAAGCAGAUGAUCAACCUGUCGCCCGCCAUGGGGCUUCAGCUGACUCGCCGCUACAUCCUGGCCACCUACCUGGCGGGUGACGUUGUGAAGGCCACACGCCUGGCCGAGGACAUUGUGUACAACUACCGUCGCGUCUACGGCGCUCGCGACUGGAGCACCCUGGAAAUGUCGACUCUUCUCUCGCAGCUCUACACCGAUAUCGCGGAGCGCUACCAGUCCGCGAAGGACGACCAGCACUUGGCGAACAAGUACUACGAGAGAAGCGCAAGCGUGCACGAGGACCUGCUGCGCAGAUUCGCCGAAUCCGAUGGCUCCGACGACGACCUCGACCUGACCGACACCGCCGCCAAUGACGCCCGCGUCUCUGACGGCGAGCACAUCCGCCAGCAUCUGCUCCUACUCAAGCUUGCCCUGCAGCGCCUGGGUGACUGGCCUAAGGACUACGGCGAAUAUGAGCGCCUGAACGCUGGUCUGUUCCUGGCGUUCGGAAACGAAUUGAAGGGCUUUGAGGGUGUUGAGAAGUGGAAUUUGAAGGACUUUGGCGGGGGAAAAGCCGCCAGCAACGAGGACAGGCUGGACCUGGGGUUCAAGUCUUGGGGUUUGGAUUUGGCCUAG